GGCGGCGGGCGCGCGAGGUGAUUCGGCGGGCGCGGUGACUGUGAGGGCCGCGCCAAGGGGGUGCGAUGAGGACCGGUCAACGGGUUUUCUUGAGGCGCGAGGUUAAAGGGUGGGCGUGCCCGGUGGAGGGUGCGGUAUCACGACUGUACAUACUUGUCUGGACAGCAUGGCUUUGCGGUAUGCGCUGUUGGCGUUUGCGGGCGUCGGGGUGUGGGCGCAGACGACUACAGACGGCUCGAAUUUCUACUCGCUCACGGAUGAUUACUAUGCUACGAGGAGGCGCACGUCGUCGUCGGUUAGGACGUCGAUGUUUUGGACGGUCACGCAGCGCUAUAUGGAGUCCGUGUCGCUGGAGCCGUAUACGUAUGGCACCUCGACGACGGAGUAUUCCUACACGUACACGGAGACGAUCAAGGCCACUGUCACGCCCACGGGUACCGCGACGUCGACAUACACCUACACCUCCAGCUACGACGAUGUCGAGCUGCACCAGCUGUACUACCCCACCGGCGCUGUUGCGGCGUCGGAUCUGGUCUCGCGAACGCGUUACGACGACUCGCUCACGGCAACGGGGCAGUCGACGUACACAUCAACCGAGUACCGCAUGCCCGUGACCAUGACGGCGCCCGCGAGCUGCCCCACGCCCUUCACCGUCGCCACCCAGGCCGUCAUGUCGCUGAUCCCCUCCAUCGUCACCGACCAGCUCCAGCCCACGUCCACAGAGGUCAGCACCAGCUCCGGCCGCUCCUACGUCGCCGAGUACUCCACGCUCUAUCUCACCGCCGGCGCCGCCCCGUUCUCCACCGACUCGGACUACAACUACUACUACUACAUCUCGUCGUGCUCGCCGCCCCCCGCCGCGUACACCAACACCCGCACCUCGGGCUCCGGCGGCUCUGGCUCCUCGGGCUCCUCGGGCUCCGACUCCUGGACCGACUACCAGGCGUGCUACUUCGGCGGCUGCACCAGCCUGCGCACGUGGAUCAUCAUCAUCGCGACAGUCCUGCCCGCCAUCUUCCUGCUCGGCUUCCUGGAGUCCUGGUUCUGGUACACGCGGCUGAUGCGCGGCAAGUCCGCCGUGCGCGCCGGCACCAUCUGCUGGGUGCUACUCUCCCUAUGGGUUUUGUGCUUCACGCGCAUGCAGGACGCGCGCAGCAAGGAGGACCAGGUGCUGCUGACGCAGCGCUGGAAGGACAUGUCCGCGGGCCAGAAGUUCAGGAACUGGAGCUGGGGCUUCAAGAGGCGGUACCCGGUGCCGCUGCUCGGCCAGUUCUCGAAGCAGACGGUUGGGAUUGUGCCGGAGGGGCAGCCGCUGCACCAGCCCAUGGCGCAGCCGGGCGGGCAGGUGUUCUACUACGGCGCGCCGCCGCCGGGGUGGCAGCAGGGUCCUGGGGGCGCGCCGCAGGGAUACCCGCCGCAGGGCUAUCCGCAGCAGGGCGCGGGUGGCUACUACGGACCCAAUGUGCCGAAGGAGGGUGUUGUCGUCGGCUCGUCGCCGGUGCAGGCGCCCCAGCCCGCGUACCAGCCCGCGUACCAGCCUCCCUCUUCGCCGGCACCGAGCACCCAGUUGCCGCCCCAGCCGCAGCAGGCAACUCCUGCUGCUCCUCCGGCCAACGUGAGCGAGGUCUCGUCAGAGCAGCGUGAGGUGUCGCCUGUCCAAGCACCGGCGACGACGCAGCAGCCGACGCAUCCCGUGCCUCCGAAGGACUCCACGAACGACGACUUGUACAGGUGAUCUGGAGCUGUAAUGAGGUGUAAUGAUGAGGAGUGAGGGGGAUGAUUCCCCGAGCGAUUUACUUUUAUGUUCUCGUAUUGCAUAAUGUAGAAGGAGGAGGACAGGAAGAUACCCAAUAGCGAUAUAGGAAGUAGUGUAAGACUUAAUGACUGUAAUUGAACUCACUUAGUAUCGGAAGACUGGACACGUGCAACUGUGGCCGUCGAUGUGAGGAAAGAGGAUCAUCUCGUUCUAGACAUUCAUCAAAGCUACAAACGAUCUUGACUGUCAAACCAUACUUUCGUUGACUUGCCCAAUUGCGAAUGUA